AUGAAGAAAUUAGCAGAUCCCUUUCCUUUAAUUUCUCACAAUGCCAUAAUUUUGACUAAUAAUAUUAUUUUAACAAUAUUAUCAAGUACAUUUUCUUAAACAAGAUUAUAAUUUAAUUAAGAAAAUAAAGAUUUUAACAUAGAUAAUUACAUUAUCAAUUUUAUCUUUUUAUUAAUAAAGAUGUUGUUUUAAGACUAAAAAUAUAUUGUAAUAUAAUGA